ACCUGUAAUGUUGUCGUUGUUUUUGGUGGUGGUUUUUAAUCAGUUUUUCAAAUUCAAGUGCUAGAAAUUAAUUUAACCGAUCGUCGCCGAACGUGCUAGUAUUGCAGUUGUUUGACAAAAUGGGUCUACUUUCUUUGCUGCGCAAGCUGCGCCCCAAUCCCGACAAGGAGGCGCGUAUUCUGCUGCUCGGCUUGGAUAAUGCCGGCAAGACAACAAUUCUCAAACAACUUGCAUCCGAGGAUAUAACUACGGUCACGCCUACCGCCGGAUUUAACAUCAAGUCCGUAGCAGCAGAUGGCUUCAAAUUGAAUGUCUGGGACAUUGGCGGCCAAUGGAAGAUAAGGCCCUAUUGGAAGAACUACUUUGCCAAUACAGAUGUCCUGAUCUACGUUAUAGACUGCACGGAUCGGACUCGCCUCUCGGAAACAGGCAGCGAGCUCUUUGAGAUGCUCAUGGACAAUCGCUUGAAGAGAGUGCCCCUGCUGGUCUUUGCCAACAAGCAGGACUUGCCCAAUGCCAUGACUGCCUCCGAAGUGGCCGAAGCGUUGGGCCUGGUGCGUCUGGAAGACCGCAGCUGGGAAAUAAAAGCCUGCACAGCUGUCGAUGGCACUGGCAUCAAGGAAGGCAUGGACUGGGUGUGCAAAAAUAUGAAAAAGUAGUUGUAAAAAAGAGGAAAAUGUAAAAUGAAAACAGCCAA